UGAACAUCCUCGUUGUAAACAUGCGGUCAUUGGGCUUCAUUCUGCUUCUGGGCACGGUACUAUACACUAAAGCUGAGUUCGGCACCCCGUAUUUGAAAAACGCACGCUUGUGUCGGCCAUGGGACUGCGUGGCCAGAAACCUCGGUCUUCCCGCCUCGUUACCUCCCCAAGGGGAUUACACGAAUAUCCUCAAGUCAUUUCUCUCCGAAGACUGGCACCAGGCUGUUGAUACUGCUGUCGAUAUUUGCUACAAUAACAGGCCGAAGCAGUAUGUCAACACUUGCACUGCUCAAGCGUUGUUGCACUGCACACUUGAUAAUUUGAUUGAGAACUGCCCGGUGAAUCAUACUAGAAGAGACGAUGCUUGUAACCCUGUAGGCACUACCGCUGGCAUGAAUUACAUGUUUACUCAAAGCCGAUACAAAGAUUUGGAGAAGAAUUUGCCCAAAGAGCAUCGCCCUGCUUGGUUUAUGAGACAGUAUUUUGACACAAAGUGUUGUGAUAUCCCGACAUUCAUAAACACAACGGUGUUGACCGAAUGCGGGUUCCAUACAUUUUUGAGAUACUACGAGAACGAACCAAAGGCCAACGACACCCUCAAACAUUAUUUGGUAGCUACAAAACCGAAGGCAAAUAAAAAAGACAGACGUGUACUUUUGCCAACAGAUGGGGAGUAUUCAAUAGAUCCUUUGGAAUGUUGUGACAUGGAUGACUUUAUCGCAUCAUCGUCAAGAUCGGAAUGCGGCUUUCAACUAUCAUGGGACGGCAGUAAGAGAUUUAAGAUAAACGAACAAAACUUGGCUCCUACCACUACCGUGUUACCUGAAACUACUAGCACUCCGGUCAACAAAGACAUAAGGAUUGUGCCAUUGCCUUGUGACAAAACGACCUGCGUGUUCAGUAAACUAAAUGCGAUCUCAGAAUCGGGCACAGUAGACAUAGAAGCUUUGACAAAAGUCCUGGAUAACUUUACCGCGUUGAACCCGUCCUGGGUCAAAGCGAAGGCCAGGGUUAUGACGCAGUGCUUGAGUAACAGCCGGAUGAGCAGCGAAUAUAAUGCUGAUUGUGAGAUCAACAAAGUACUGGGGUGUGUGCUGGACGUGUUUAGUGAGAAUUGCCCGCAUAAGAGCAAGAAAGACGUUUGCAAACAUUCUAGACGUAACAACACAGUGUGUCAGAUAUCGUCUUCAAAAUAUAGACCUAAAAACCGCCGCUCCGUCUGCGGUCUGCCUCACCUAGUGGACCGGGAUGUUCUGUCAGAAUGCGGUGUCACAUCCGUCAGCCAGAUAGAAUAUGUUCCGGAGGCUCCGGUCAAGAAGAACAACAGUAUAUGGAGGAAUGAUUUCUCGUGCAAAGACUCCUCCCCAUCCACUUUAUGCGUGAUGCGUGACAUGGGCAUACUGAACAAAUACGGAUUCAUGGAUCAUUUCCAAAUGAAGGACAGAAUUAGAUCGUUCACUUCAUCCAACCAAGUGUGGGGGGCUCUCACUGAACUAUAUAUAAACGUGUUUAAUGCCUUGCCAAUGUAUAAAGAGUAUUGCAACUCGCCGCAGAAGCUAAUGAAUGUGUUGGAUGCUAUGGUUAUGACAUGCCCAAUAUCCAAAAGGCAGAACACUCCGGAAUGCGCGAAGCUCUUCAAUGACGUCAUCAGAUCAUCUUCCACAGACUAUACAAACAUCACCAAAGAGAGGCUAGACGAGAUCCUCGAAGAUUUCCGAAGAGUACAUUCGUCUUCGACAUCUUCACGACCAAAAGUUACAAGGGAAAUUAAAUCUAACGUAAGAAGAAAACCUGUGUUCGAAUAUGGAAUACUUAGCUCCAAAAGUGCACCAAAAGACGUGGUCAUUGAAGUUAAACCAAACACUGAAUCUUCUACUAAUGCACCAUUAGUAAUUCUACCAGUUUAUAUGCGUAUCAAUAGUACCUCACUGAAUAUAGCAAGGAAUUCAGGUCCCAAAGAUGGAAUAUUUCAAAGGCCAGAUUUUCUACUGCACGCUAAAGCCAGAUCUAACAACACGGAAAAUAUAAAGUGGAAGCCAUUUCUCAUCGUUUAAAAAAACAACGAAACCUCUUUCUAGUAUGAGAGUUUCUGCUUUCAUUUGUUUUUUUCAGUCAAUCCUCUGAUUGUGAGCAUAUUCGGAGAGAUUUUGAAAAGAAUGUGGCUGUUACGUAACGAAUGAGUUGGAUAUAAUGAUAUUUUUCGAUUUCAGGGGAGGUUCCUGUGAUAUUAGAAUAUAUACUAGGCAUUGUUUUCAGUUGCUCCAAAGAGUUUGACUUGGGUACACUGAGUAGUAUUUUUUUAUUGAAUGUGUCGAACCGAAGUAUCAUAGAAUGGACGGAUGUUAUUUGUAUAUCAUUGAUGUAAUAAAC